AUGAAGCUGGAAUGGACUGAGAGCGAGUCUGACUAUGGUUUGGAAGAAGCCGCAUUUUAUGAAGCUCCCACCAUGACAGCACCUCCACCACGCAAGCAUGUCUCCUUCAGCUUGCGACUAGAUCUGUGCGAUGAAGGCGGCGGUGUUGGUGACAAAAUCAAGACUGAGCCGCUUGAGGCAGAGGAACCACGCGCCAUGCAGAAGGUUCCGUCUCUAUCUGAUCUCACGGAUCCCGAAGCAUCUUUGGACAUCCCGUCGCAGGUGCCUCCCCUGACGCCGGGUACCAACAAGAAGAUGGCAGAGGCGCUGAAGGCCACCUUCGCCUCAUGGGAGAAGGAGCAACUACGGCUUGGUGUGCCCAAAGACCCUCGCCAAUGGAGCGAGGCCGCCGUAGCAGCGUGGCUUCGCUGGGCCGCGCGCGAAUUUUCCUUGGAAGGCGUAGCACUGCAACAGUUUGCGCGGGCGCAAGGAAAGGACAUCUGCGCUAUGGGCAGAGAGGAAUUCGUGGCCCGUGCGCCAGCUUUCAUGGGCGACAUCCUGUGGGAACACUUAGAAAUUCUUCAAAAAGACGUAGAAAAGGAAAGAUCGCUGCUCGCCAAUGUGCCACCAAACAUGUACGAAAGCAAUGUUUGUCUGCCAGAGUUACCUGAUUACAUACCCCCUCCAGCCCACCAUUACAACAAUAAUAAUAAUAAUGGAGGCUAUACGACGGGAGGUCCUCGCGAGACAAACAGCUACUAUACGGAAACGAGCGGCGGAGCAGCAGCACCAGCAGCUGCACCGGCACCGGCUGCUGCGUCCCCCCUCGACGAGUACUACCAGCCUGAGUACCCUCCCCCGGCGCCUGCGCAGCCCUACCUCGACGAGUACUACCACCAUGCGCACGCACACACGCAACCACUACUCACACACGAACAUAAAUACCAACCUCAUGCUUACACGAAGCCAUAUCCAAGAACAGCAGGAGGAAGGUACGGCGGCGAGGUAUAUGGGGAAGGCUAUGCGCCCGAAUACGGCGGCGCUUGCGCGGAAUGGAGUGAAUGGCCGGGCGAACAGCACGCGCUGAUACCACAAGACAAGUUGCCUUACCCAGCUUCAGGACCUUGCUUUACCGGAUCAGGCCCAAUCCAGCUGUGGCAGUUCCUCCUCGAGCUACUCACAGACAAGAGCUGCCAAGGUUUCAUCUCUUGGACGGGAGACGGCUGGGAGUUCAAACUCACCGAUCCUGAUGAGGUUGCUAGACGCUGGGGUAUCCGAAAGAAUAAGCCCAAGAUGAACUAUGAGAAACUGUCUCGCGGUCUUCGUUACUACUACGACAAGAAUAUCAUCCAUAAAACCGCCGGAAAGCGCUAUGUAUACCGCUUCGUGUGCGACCUGCAGAGUUUGCUUGGAAUAUCACCAGAGCAACUGCACGCGAUGUACGAACCUAAAAUGGAGAAGAAGGACGACGACUGA